AUGACACACUACACCUACUACUUCACGAUGGCGAACCCACUGGAUCCAGGAUCACUGCUCGACCUCCUCACUGCCCUCCUACCCUCUACUACAUCGUCGCGGUUGUCAAAACCCACAGAUGCCCUCGCAGCUCUCAUUCAUGCCAUACAUACCGCUCUUGACUUUCGGCUAGUGCGGCGACCCGAUGAUGAAGCGUCGGCCGCCAGAAGCACGUCGGACGCGACAGGACCAGUCGAGGAGAAGGAUAUUGACGAUACAGCCUCGGAGACUACUACAGCAGUGGACCAAGAAGAUGAGGAGGAGGCCCGUUUCUCUGCCGAGAACCAGCUCCCAUCCGGCUGGAGUGACCGAGGAGAAGACUCGUACUCGUUUGAAUACAAGCACGAUCAGAGCUCCAUGACAUUCAGGAUCCGAGUGGGCAGGAUGGGAGGCAGAAUACAGAUCGAUGCGAUGGCAGAGGACGGCGCCCCGCACACCAUUUCCCUUCUUCUCACUGAUAUCUUGAAUCCUUCCGCCUUUCCCAUUCCUGGUUCCGCGACAGCUGGGACGUCGUCCACCUCCCAGUCGCCCGAUGGUCCAGCAAAACGACUCGGAUUUCAGUCACUGGCCAGCGUCUCGGGCUUUGUCGAGCAAUACAAGAAGGACAUUAUCGCGAAGCUGUUACCGGGGUUGAGAAAGGAGGGAUACGUGGAGACAUCUUCCGGGUCUGGACCCCGGAAUCCUCCUCCCUCUGCUCCAUCCCAUGUACCCUCUCCCGCUCGUCCAGACCCACUCAUGGACCCUAUCCACCCCAGUCGUUCAUCAGGAGCUGUACCGUCCGCCUCCGUCGGACAUCGAGACCUGGACCCAUUCGCCUCGAUGCAGCCUCCCGGCUCCUUCAACCCUUACGCUGGCGGCGACGGCGGAGGCAUGUACAUGGGUCCGAAUCAUCCUUUAUUGUCCGGAAGACGUGACCCGACGUCACCCCUCGGACAAGGUGGUGGACCCGAAGGGUUCCAUCCUCCUGGAGCCCGAUGGGAUCCAGUGGGACCGACCGGACCUGGAGGCUCGGGAUCCAGAUUCCCAGGACCUGGAGGUAAUCCUCUAGGUGGGAGGGGACUGGGUGAUGACGGAUGGGGAGAUGAGCUGCCUCCACCAGGUGAAUUCGGGCCAGACAUGGGUCGUUUAGGCGGGAGAGGAGGCAGAGGCGGACUUGGUGGACCCGGAAUGCCAGGUAUGGGGCCAGGGUUCGGAGGUGGAUUUGGAGGAGGUCGUGGUGGUGGUGGUGGUGGAGGAGGGGGCUUCGGUGGUGGAGGAUUCGGAGGCGGCGGAGGCAUGUACAUGUGA